AUGCUCCACCAGAUCAUCGGUCAGGCUGAGAAGCAUCCAAGCUUGAUCCCCCUCUUAGUAUUUAUUGGAGCUGGAGGUACUGGAGCAGGACUGUAUCUCUUGCAUCUGGCAUUGUUCAAUCCAGAUGUUAGUUGGGACAGAAAGAAUCACCCAGAUCCCUGGAACAAACUGGGUCCCGAUGAUCAAUACAAGUUCUACUCAGUGAAUGUGGAUCAUAGCAAACUGAAGAAAGAAGGUCCACAUUUCUAA